CGUUUCGGCCGGCAAACGUGCAAGUUGUGAAUUGUGGAUUGUGGAAGUGCGACGAUCCACGUAGAGCUUUCAAGCGAGUAAAGUUACCCGCACAUAAAGCAACGUAACUGUUCAUCACUGCAUACAUAUUCACACAGGCACACGCACACACAGAACCAUUUAUAAAAAUAUCUGUAUACAGAUGUGUUUGUGCAUUUUGUUUACUGCCGGAGCAACAACGACAAAACAAACAACAACCGAGUGAAAGAGGAAAGAGGGAACAACGAAAAAAGAGCCCCAGUUUUUAGAGACACCGCACGAAAAAAAGAGAAAUUUUGUGUGUUCUAUUCAAAUCUUGAGACGACAACUAAGUAUACAUUAACUUAAGCUAACCAGUAAUUUGAGGAACAACAAAAACAACAGCUGCUCCCCUUAAAAUGGCCAGCACACCGAUUGCAAAUUUCUAUGCGGGACGCAAUGUAUUUAUUACAGGCGCCACAGGCUUUGUAGGCGUCACCAUAGUCGAAAAGCUGCUGCGGGAUGUGCCCAAUGUGGGCACCCUGUAUUUGCUGAUGCGCGCCAAAAAGGGCAAAAACGUGCAGGAACGUCUGGAGGAGCUGAAGAAGAACUCUGUGUUUGAUCGCUUCAAGGAGCUGCAGCUGGAGUCACGUCUGUCCAAGAUUGUGCCCAUUGAGGGCGACGUUGGACUAGAUAAUCUAGGUAUCGCGCCAAAGGAUCGCCAAACACUUAUCGACAAUGUGAACGUGGUGUUCCAUUCGGCUGCUACGUUGGAUUUCUUCCAAUCCCUCAAAGAGACAACGAACAUCAAUUUACGUGGCACACGUCGCGUUGUGGAACUGUGCCAACAGUUGCGUAAACUGGACGCUUUGGUCCAUGUGUCCAGUGCAUAUGUGAAUGCCUACAUUACCGAGGUGGAGGAGAAGCUGUAUCCCUUGCCCGAUGAUCCAGAAAAGAUUAUUCAGCUGGCGGAAACACUUAACGACGAAGCUCUCAAAGCACUGGAGCCAAAAUUACUGAAGGAUCAUCCCAAUACUUACACGUUCACCAAGCAUCUGGCUGAGCAUGAGGUGGCCAACGUGGCCAGCCGUUUCCCCUGCGGCAUUGUGCGUCCCAGCAUGAUCACGGCUGCUUGGAAGGAACCAAUACCCGGUUGGACCAUUUCGAAGAACGGACCACAGGGCUUCUUUAUGGGGGCCUCGAAGGGCAUUUUACGUCGCCUGCCAUUGGAUCCGACUUUGAUUAUGGACUACAUUCCCAUCGAUGUGGUGGUCAAUGGCAUUAUAGCGACUGGUUACUAUGUCCACACACUUAAAGUCAAGAAUGGAGAUCGUCCUGCCGACCUGCAAAUCUUCCAUUUGACUUCGAGCACAUAUAAACCAUUCCGUUUCGAGUUUUUGACGGACAAGAUCAAUAGCUAUUUGCAUGAGUAUCCACUCAACAGUGCCGUCUGGUAUCCCAAUCUCCGUCUGGUGAAGAGUCUAUUCCUGUUUCGUAUUGGCGCCAUUCUGUUUCACUUUAUACCCGGCUUCUUCCUUGAUUUAGUUACCAAAAUAGCGGGUGGCAGACCCAUUUUGAUUCGUCUGCACAAGAACGUCUGGAACUCGCUAAACACCUUGGAGCGUUUUAUAUUCACGGAAUGGCAUUUUGACAGCAAACGUCUAUUGUCGCUAUCCAAAUCGUUGGAUCCCGUGGACAGAAAAAAGUUUAUCAUUGACAUUGGUGAACUCGCUUGGGAUGAUUACUUUGCCAACACGAUCAAAGGAGUGCGUCAGUAUUUGAGUAAGGAGUCUCCCAAGAAUCUGGAAAAGGCACGUCGCAAGGACAAAAUUCUGCUUGGACUUCACGUUGCGUUGCAGCUUAUCUUCUACUACGGCAUCUUCAAGCUGAUCAUUGGAGUGACCGGUGUGUCCUCUGCAAAGGCGGCCCUUAUCUUGCCCGUGUUUUACUAUCUGUUCGGACUGAUUUAGGGUCAUUUUACAUCUGGGAAUGUAUGUUAUAUAUAGUUAAACAGUUUGCAAUAAUUAUUUAUGUGUAAUUUGAUCAAGGUUUGGUAUAACAUCUAUUCAUUUAUUUUAAAUGCAAAAUAUAAGAUAUUCAAGC